CCCCCGCCCCCCCGCGCUCACUCGCACUCACACCCGGGCGCAGGAGGCGGGCGGCCGGGCCCCACCGGCCCCCCAUGGUCGCCCCCGGCUCGGGGCGCUGAGACCCCAGCGUCGCAGCCCAGCCUGGUCCAGCGCGCCACGCCGAGGGACUUCAGGACCGGACAAGACUCUCAACCUACUCCCUGAGCCCCAGCCCAGGACACCUCCAACAGCUUCAGCUCACCCCCCCAGCCCUCCCACCUGCCACUCUCUGGCCCCUCCCACUGCCCGCCCCCCCUGGGGCACAGGGCAUGGUGUGAAGGCCAAGUGCUGAGGCGGGCACCAUGGGUGCUGUGCCCUAGGGCCUGGGUGGUGGGGGGUGGGUGGCCUGUGGGUGUGCCGGGGGGGCCCGUGUGCCCACCCCAGUCUCUUGGCGUGCUGGAGUGCAUCCUGGAUGGAAUUGAAGUGAAUGGAACAGAAGCCAAGCAAGCUGGAGUGUGGGUCAGACCCAGAGGAGAACAGUGCCAGGUCACCAGAUGGAAAGCGAAAAAGAAAGAACGGCCAAUGUUCCCUGAAAACCAGCAUGUCAGGGUAUAUCCCUAGUUACCUGGACAAAGACGAGCAGUGUGUCGUGUGUGGGGACAAGGCCACCGGUUAUCACUACCGCUGCAUCACUUGUGAGGGCUGCAAGGGCUUCUUUCGCCGCACAAUCCAGAAGAACCUCCAUCCCACCUACUCCUGCAAAUAUGACAGCUGCUGUGUCAUUGACAAGAUCACCCGCAAUCAGUGCCAGCUGUGCCGCUUCAAGAAGUGCAUUGCUGUGGGCAUGGCCAUGGACUUGGUUCUAGAUGACUCGAAGCGAGUGGCCAAGCGCAAGCUGAUUGAGCAGAACCGGGAGCGGCGGCGGAAGGAGGAGAUGAUCCGAUCACUACAGCAGCGGCCAGAGCCCACUCCUGAGGAGUGGGACCUGAUCCACGUGGCGACAGAGGCCCACCGCAGCACUAAUGCCCAGGGCAGCCAUUGGAAGCAGAGACGAAAAUUCUUGCCGGAUGACAUUGGCCAGUCACCCAUCGUCUCAAUGCCAGAUGGAGACAAGGUGGACCUCGAGGCCUUCAGCGAGUUUACCAAGAUCAUCACCCCGGCCAUCACCCGUGUGGUGGACUUUGCCAAAAAACUGCCCAUGUUCUCCGAGCUGCCUUGCGAAGACCAGAUCAUCCUCCUGAAGGGGUGCUGCAUGGAGAUCAUGUCCCUGCGAGCGGCUGUCCGCUAUGACCCCGAGAGUGACACCCUGACGCUGAGUGGGGAAAUGGCUGUCAAGAGGGAGCAGCUCAAGAAUGGCGGCCUGGGCGUAGUCUCCGACGCCAUCUUUGAACUGGGCAAGUCACUCUCUGCCUUUAAUCUGGAUGACACGGAAGUGGCUCUGCUGCAGGCUGUGCUGCUAAUGUCAACAGACCGCUCGGGCCUGCUGUGUGUGGACAAGAUCGAGAAGAGUCAGGAGGCAUACCUGCUGGCGUUUGAGCACUACGUCAACCACCGCAAACACAACAUUCCGCACUUCUGGCCCAAGCUGCUGAUGAAGGUGACUGACCUCCGCAUGAUCGGGGCCUGCCACGCCAGCCGCUUCCUCCACAUGAAAGUCGAGUGCCCCACCGAACUCUUUCCCCCUCUCUUCCUCGAGGUCUUUGAGGAUCAGGAAGUCUAAAGCCUCAGGCGGCCAGAGGGUGUGCGGAGCUGGUGGGGAGGAGCCUGGAGAGAAGGGGCCGAGCUGGGGGAUGAGGGAGACCCCCCCACACCUCUUCUCUCCUUCCUCUCAUCCUCGGAUAGAUUCAGCUCCCACACACACCCCCGCACUGCCCAGGUCCCUCCUCAGACCCUCCAGCCCUGGGACAGGGCAAACAAAUGAACUUGCUAUGAAAAGGAGGACAGUGUGGGGGCUGGGGAGACCAUGUCCUGCAGUUCCUAGGACCCCAUCCUCUAAUAAGGUAGGGGAAGGGAGGAAGAACUAAGAGGGGACAAGCCAUCUUGAUUGUAGGAGAAAUAGGAAGGUGGGAUGGGGGAAGAUGCCCUCAACUCACCCUCUACACACAUGCAAGAGAGAGCCCCCUACCCCCACCCCCAGUUUCGUGGCUAGGCUCCCCCUUCAGGCUGGGGGCCUCUCUACUUCCCCAGAUGCCUGGGUGCAAAGAAAGGCGUGGCUUGGCUCCUCUACUGGAGGUUAAAAAUUAUAGUCAUUCUAACUGCACUUUGGAAACCAAGCAAGGGGAAAAGAAGAUAAAUGAAGAAAAACUAGACAGA